UGCCCAGGGCCUGUGUUUGGGUUUUCUCUGUGAGCUGCCAUCCCGGCCUUUGAUUUCGCAAGGAGGAGUGUGAGGGUCCUGUUUCUGCAGGGACAAAGGUCUCCUGACAAACCCGAAAUCGCCUGGGGAGAGGGGAGAUGAUGACAGGUCUGUGUCCCUCUGGCCACUCUGGCGGUGCCGCAGACCGGCUGGAGAAUCUGAUUCCAUUUCCUUCUCUGGAAAAUGGGGGUCGGGACCCCCUUCCCUGUGGGGUUGUGGAGGACUUUAAACAGGUCGGCAGCUUUGGAAAGCAGCACCAGGAGAGGGUGGCGUCAUGGCGACAGCCCAGCGGAGACCCCGAGGGUCCCAAGGAAGCCUCCCGCAGAUAAGAGAGCCCAAUCCUUGGACCGGCAGGUUCCCAAGAAGGACCCUGAGUCCUCCAACUCCAAGCCCCCCUCCGGGCCCACUUACAGGAAGGCGCUUCGUCGGGCAGCCAGCGAUGGGACCAGAGCUUCUGGGAGCCCAUGUCGCUUUGCAGAGGCCCAGGGAGCUGCGGCCCCAGCCCUCCCUCUGGGAGAGGAGAGUGAACUUCUCCCCAGUGAGCCGGGACCCCCAGAAGACACCAAGAAAGAGAAGCCCCCGAAGCAAGCCCAGCAGAGCUGGAUGAGUGUGCUGCUGAACAUCUUACUCCUGAGGGUUGGCCUGGAGGAGCCCAGGGAAAAAGCCAGCAAGAAGUCAAAGGGGAAAGGGGAGGCCAGCAAGCUCCCCGAGGCAGCCGAGGAGCCGGGCCUCAGGAAGAAAUCUCAGGAGAAGAAGAGCGGUCGCAAGAAACACAGUCACCGGAAGCCUGAGCCCACAGGACCCCGGAACUCAGAGGCGGAAGGCCAAGAGGACACACUGCCCAGCUUGGCUCCCUCACACACCGAGGAGGUGGACCUGGGGCUGAUCCGCAGGGGGAGCCCAGAUUCUGAAGUCCCCCCGGCUCUGCCCGCUGAGGGAGGCUGUGCUGAAUCCUCAGAGAGUUCUGCCCAAGCUGCAGGUCCCCCGUCAGAAGAGGAGCCCCCAAAGCCUGACCAGGAUGAACUCAUCUGGAAGAUAGUGGAACUGCUCAAGGAAGCAGGGGACCGUUUGGAGGAAGAGGUGAGGCGCCAGCACCAGAGAUCACCUGCUGGGCUGCUGCAGCUCCGGCAAGCGCAAGUCCCUCAGCCGGAAGUGGCUCCACGAAAGCCAACGCCGUCGCCGCCCCCCAGGAAGAAAUCCCAGGAAAAGAAGUCCAGUCUGAAGAGAGCCUUGUCCCUCAAGAGGCUUGCCCCCGAGGAACCCAAGCGAGUGGGUGCAGCCACUGCCCUUGGCCCAGAAACCCGUCCCAAGAGGCCCAGCUUCCUACCCCUGUGUAUUAGCAGCCAGCGACCUUCCACCUCCAGCAUCCAUGACUCAGAGGAGCCCGGAUUCCAGGAGGUCCUCUCUGUAGACGGUGGGGGCGCCCAUCCCUCUGAACUUCACACCCCAGCGGACGGUCAUGGACCCGCGGCGGAGAAGCCGCCGAGGGACAGAGCCUGGGAAUCCAGAGAAUUCAGGCGGAAGAUCCUGGCCCUACUCAAAAACGCAGAGGAACAGAAGGGAGAGCAGCAAGCUCAAGUCCAGGAGGCAGAGGAGGCUGGAGAAAACCCCGCCCCAGCCUGCAAGGUGAAGUCACAUGGGAAGAAGUCCAACCUCCGACGGGCCUUUUCCCUCAGGAAACACGGUUCCAAGGAUUCCAAGAGGACAGAGGCCUCGGGGUCUCCGGGUGCUGCCAGCCCGGAGGCCCGGCCACCCAAACGGCACAGCUUCCUGCCUAUGUGUGUCAGUGGCCACAGAGCUUCCAUCUCCAGCGGCCCAGAAGACCCGGAGUUCCAGAAGCAGGAGGCUGCAGGAGGAGAACCAGCUGGGUCCCCAGAAGUGCCUGUCCAGGCCAGAAGCCACACGCCAGAUGAGCAGCCUCUACCAGAGGGAGCCUGGGAAUCUAAGGAGUCCGUCAUCCAUAAGUUGGUGGAAGGUCUCCAAGAGGUGGACAGCGAGCUAGGGAGGCAGAUCCGGCAGUACCCCAGCUUCAGGAAUUUUUUAAAUGAGUUCUCGGAUGCCUCCCUCAGGAAGCUGGUGGCCACCAUAGACAGACAAAAGGCCCAUGAGUCCUCGCAUGCCUCCUUCAGGAAGCUGGUGGUCACCGCAGACAGACAGAAGGCCUGCCUCUCGGAGGAGGACAGGAGCCUGGCCAGCAGACCCCCACCGUGCGCCUUUGGCUCACUCAACAAGUUUGCCGCCAACCACAGCUGUGCCAUCUGCACCCUCAUGCAGUCCAGAGGCCAGUACCGGGGGCACAGCUAUGCCCACUUCCUGUCCAGGAAGGACCAGCAGAGCAUCACGAGUCCCGCUGGUCAGAGUCCGGACUGAAGGCCGCCGCCGCCGCCGCAUCUCAUACCCAAGUUCUGCCGGACUAGCCGGCGGCCAGCAGCAGCUUUGGCACGGAGACCCCGAAGACACGCAGGACGGCCUGGUCUGUGCUUCCCCAACACGCCUGGAGACGAGCGGGGGACACUGACGCUCUGUCUGGGGAUGCUUUUCUUCCUGGAAGCUGGACCAGGAGGCCAACUGGGGGUGGGGACUGGGUUGGGGUUAGGAGAGCCGGCUUCACCCACUGAACCUGAGGAGAGGUCUCACCUCUGCAUCUCUCCAUCCCACUGUCAUGACGGCUGACUGACACCCGCCAGAUCCGGCUUUCAAUGAGUAUUAUCUAGGGUGUGUGUGUGUGUGUGUGUGUGUGUGUGUGUGUGUGUGUGUGUGUGUAUGUGUCUUUGGGGGUGGGGGCUGUGUGGGUAUAGGUCAGAGGUCAACCUCAGUGGAACCUCCUCCAGUUCUACCUACCUUGUUUUUUGAGAGAGGGUCUGUCACUGGCCUGGGACUCCCAAGUGGGUUUAUGUAAUGUUGAGAGUCCAGGGAUCCGCCUGUUUCUGCCUCUCCAUUGCUGACAUCACAAACCACCACACCCCACGGUGAUAAAUGAGUCUUUGUUUUGAAAAAUAGUUUUUUUUUCAAUUCGGUCUCCAACUCAAAAAAAAUGCACAUGCAUUCAACAGCUGAGUCUCUGACACACGUCACUUACUCAGUUGACCAAAUAGUGUUUAAUGCUAGUGGAUUCAUGAGACCCCUGGGAACUCUGCAGACCCUAACAGAAACCUGGGGUGACCUAUGGAUUGGGGGAACCCCUGACCUCCCAGAAUCCUAUUAGCCUUGUGAAGAUUCUGAAAGUUAUCUAGUGUUAUGUCUAUAAUUAUUUUUAUUGUAUUGAGACAUGGUCUCAAUAUGUAGCUCAGGCUAGCUUCUCGAGUACUGUGAGGACACAUGCAUGCUAUACCUGGGCUACUUUAUCAUGGUCUCAUCGGAAGUCGACGGAGGGCUUCCGGCUGGGCUGCCCCCGAUGGCGGCACAGGUGUGUGCUGCUCCAGGCCUAGGACACGCAGUCUUUGUCCCGCCCUUCUGCACGCUGUGGACGUGAUAGCAUGCUCCCCGCUGAUGGCUCCCUCUUGUGGGUGUGUCUAUUUGCACAACUGUGAGGUGUGGGUGCCAAAGGCCCUGCCUCCCACCCAGCUGGCCAGUGACUCAGAUGGGCGGUUUCUCACAUGUCCGUACUCACACUUAGGUGAUAAGGCCACUGACUCCCUUGGCCAUUGGCAGGAAGGCGGGGACCGUGGGGGAGGGUAUUAGAGCCUAGAUGGCAGACCGAGUCUCCUUAGCCUUGGAGACUAUCGGUGAUCACGGUGAUCACGUGGUACGUACGUCAGGCUCAUGGCAGGGACUAUGGGUGAGAGACAGAAUGAGGGUCAGGAGGCCUGGGCUCUCAAGUGGGACCAGCCUCGAGCCUGAGGCAUCCUUUCAGGAAGUUCAACUAAAAUUAUCCUUUUUUUUUUUAAUUGCUUCAAGGUGUUUUUAUUGGCACUUGGUGACCUCCUUAUAGGUUUAUUUUAGGCAGUAUUCAGGGAUGCGUCACUGACGUGCAAGAAGUAAGUUUUGAGAUGAGGGUCAGGAACCUUUUGUACAUAAUUUAUUUUUUCUUUAUUAUUUUAUCAGUAAGACAAUCAGUGUCAUACAUAGUCCAGGCUGGCCUUGAACUUGAGGCAGUCUUGCUCUGCCUAACAAUAGCUAGGAUUACGGGAAUA